AUGAGUUUCAUGAAUUCAACAUUUCCGUCUACGUCCCCAGAGACAUACUGGGGGCAUUUCGAAGAAAUUUCCGGGUACAACACACAACUCAACGUCGCUGAGCGUCUUUGGGCCGCGUGGUAUGCCUGGAUGCAGAAUGAUGUCCUUGCAACUGGCAUUAUGUCCUUCGUCAUGCACGAACUCAUCUACUUUGGUCGCUCUCUACCCUGGAUUCUUAUUGAUACGUUUGGCUUCUUCAACAACUACAAGAUACAAAGUAGCAAAAUCCCGUCCUUGCGAGAACAAUGGGACUGCGCGAAAUUCGUUCUUUUGAGCCAUUUCACCGUGGAAUUACCUCAGAUUUGGCUAUUCCACCCAAUGGCCCAGUUCUUCGGUCUCUCGACAUCAGUUCCCUUCCCGACUAUCUGGACUAUGGCCUAUCAAAUUGCCAUCUUCUUCGUCAUGGAAGACACCUGGCACUAUUUCUCUCAUCGCGCUCUCCACUGGGGUCCGCUCUACAAGGCUAUACAUAAGAUUCAUCAUCAGUAUUCUGCUCCAUUCGGUCUGGCCGCCGAAUAUGCCUCUCCUAUUGAGGUUAUGAUUCUUGGAUUCGGUACCGUCGGUUGUCCAAUUCUAUGGUGCGCAGCAACCGGAGAUCUUCACAUUUUCACCAUGUACGUUUGGAUCGUCCUUCGAUUGUUCCAGGCGAUUGAUGCGCACAGUGGGUAUGAGUUUCCGUGGAGUUUACACCACUUCCUUCCAUUCUGGGCUGGUGCCGACCACCAUGAUCUUCACCACGAGAAAUUCGUUGGCAAUUACUCCAGCAGCUUCAGAUGGUGGGAUUAUCUUCUGGAUACAGAAUACAGCCCGGAGGCACUCAAGCGGAGAAGGGAACUCAAGGCAAAUGGUGUUGGCAAGAAAGUACAAUGA